AUGCCGCCAGACGUCCAGCCACAAUUGCGCAUGCUCUUGACGACGUUUCCGACGCUUCGGCUGCAGAACUUGCUGUCUCUGCUCAGAGAGACGCUUCCGCAUCUCUCUGAUCCAGAGCGGUACGAAUGGUCUAAAGCCAACUUAACACCGUAUGCUGCCAGGCCUUCUCAGUUUCUCGCACCCCUGACCUCAGUUGCCUCUCCCCCGCUUCCCACGAAGGCGCAAUUAAAUUCGAUCACGUCUGGCCCACCAAAUGUUCCUCCGCCCAUACUUGUCUCAUAUCCUCCUUUAUCAUCCUACACAAAUGCAUUCCUUACAGCGCUCAACGGUCUCCAGCGCUCCCUCACGGACGGGCUCACAAAGUUGCUUGCGUUUGCACGAGAGAAGCUGUUGGCGGCAGAACAACAUCCAAAGGACGGUGAGGAAGAGGAACAGAAGGAUUUGGAAGUGGUGAGGGCAGCGGGAACGGUCUAUGGGGAGGUGUUCGUGCCGUUCUUGAGGCGGGCUCUGGUGGAGGGUGUGUAUGGUGUUGUGAUGAAAGACAAAGAGAUUCCGAUGGGAAAGGAGCUGCGGGAUACCUUGGAAGAAUUGAAAGAGUGGGUUGGUGAGAAGGAGAAGGAAGGUGUGGAAGGGACAGAUGGAGUGAAUGGCAAUGACGACGGCAUAUCAUAA